GCUAAGCGAGCAAUCGGACGUGCAGUGUUCAGUGUUGUUUGACAGUUCUCUUUGGAUUUUUCGGAUUUCUAUUUUGAUUGAUACAUAAAAUGGUAUAAUGGACCCUCUAACGUGGCUGUCCCUGGGACUGCAGUUGGCAGCACUAUGCUGCAUUGUGGGCGCGCUGCUGCUAUACCUGCUGCGGAAGGUGCGCGUGGCCGAGCUGGUGCCGGCGGACAGCGCCAAGACCCUCCUCGUCACCUCCGUCGACACGGCGCUGGGCCUGCAGAUAGCAACCUACCUCUGCGGUAAGGGUUGGCGGGUGAUCGCCGGGUGCCGCGCGGGCGGGCUAGGCGCGCGCCUCGCGGACUCCUGGCUGCAGGCGCGCCUGGCGGCUACACCGGAGGAUCAGCCUCCUCCACGCCUGGUAACCUUGGAGCUGGACGUGACCAGAGAGGACCUGCUCGAGCAGGCGGCUAGAGCGACUGCCCAGCAUCUACCGGCGGGAGAGCAUGGUGUGUGGGCGGUGAUCAACACGGCGGGCAGUAGCGGCUUGGGCGGAUCUUCGUGCUGGGAGGCGGCGCUCAAGACGAACGUGCUGGGCGCGCUGCGCGUCGCUCGCACCUUCGCGCCGCUGCUAGCUGCAGCCGCCGCCGACCAUCCGUAUGCCGGCCGCCUGUUCUACAUCGGUCUAACGUCCGACACGGCGUGCGAGCACCUGUCACAAGCGGAAGCGGGCGCGGAGGCGGGCGCGGCGGCGGCUCGCUGGGGCGCGUGGGGCGCGGCCAUGGCUCUCCGCUCGUCGCUGCGCGCGCGCCGCCUGCGCGUGGUGUUGCUACACGCGCCGGAUAUAUCCGCCACUGAAAUAUACUCGCCGCCCGCGCAGCUCACGCCCGUGAGCUUACCCGCGAGUCGUCCAGAAACUCCCAACUCCGAGGUGAGCGGUUCCACAACAUGUGCAGUAACCAUGCCGGGUGAGACCGCCGAGUAUAGCGCUAAGGUCCUCCCCACCGCGGCCCUUAAGGUGCUAGAAGACGCCCUUAUAUCACCCUCACCGAGGGACUCGUACUAUUUGAAGAUGAAGCAUGAUUCAUGGUUCACUAGGAUGCCGUCCCUGAGAGUCCAUUAAAGUGGUCCAGAGCCAGAAGUAAUAGCAACAAAAUGGUUUUUUGUUCGCUGAUGGUUCCUGGGAUUGUCGUAUCGAAGAAGUAAAUGGCACAUACAUAAUCAUAUACAGACCCUUUAGCCAAUAACUUUUAGAACGCUUCACUUCCAUACAUUUUGAUCGGCGAUUUUAUAAAGAAGCGAUAAAGAAAACUUCUUGGCUUAAGGGUCUGUUUCGUAUGAAAAAUGAUUUCGACAGAAUGUGCUCUGAUUGGCCGAUACUUUUAAACUUUGAGACAAAUACUUAAUAUGGUUUCGACUUGAGGAUAUUUGCUUGAUGAUUUGAUGACAAAAUAUUAUAUUAUAACGCAUUGGCGAUCAUUUUGUUGCUAUUGUUUCUGGGACUUUUAGGUAUAUAGAUUUUGGACCAUAACGUAGCGCAUGGGGAGUAGAGAUAAGGAUUAAUUAUGCCUUUUAGAGUGCAUAAAAACAUGUCCCCUUAUUAAUAAAGAUACCAACUAAACGCUUACUCAAAUCCGUGUUGUUGUCUUUAUUUGACGCAUUAGAAAAGCCAUUCGACCGACAAAGACAACAACUUGCAUAAGCGUAAACGUGUCGCAAAUAUUUUUAGUAAAAAGGCGGAUUGAUUAUAAAAUAAAGAUGGCGCCACCGUGGCAAAUUUUAUUUUUAUGGACGGUUAUGAAAGCUUUCAUUGCACACUUCAUAUUCAUACCUAGUAUCCUAAUUUCUAUUCUCCAUGUCCUCAUAAAAUGUAUCUUUUAUAUUCUUCUAUCUUUAGCACUUGAGACAAGUGGCCUGUAUUAUAAAUCUAUUUAUCGGAGACUUAAGUAGUAUUGUAUCAGCACGUUAGGUAAGAAUAGCAUAGUCCGUGUCUUGCAUUAGUAAGGCUUUAUGACAUAUGAAUUGUAGUUUAGGAGGCGACAACAAAUAUAAUCAGUUAAGUUGACUAUCAGUUAAAAGUUUUUUUAGUUCUUACAAUCCGCCUCUUAACUAAGCUACCCUUGAUAUUCUUAUAGUCACGUUAAGCUGAUACACAAUGUGCCAAAUUAAAAAAAAAACGAAAAUUAAAAAAAAAUCGUAAAACAUAAAAUAUAUUCCAUCUCGAAACGAAUUUGACAGAACCAAUCCAAAGAGCCGUAUAAAGAGCACUUUUAUAGGUUAUUUCUUUUUGUUAUACUCAUUUACUUAAUAUUGUUUACUCGACCUACUAACCAUUUAACCUUGGGUAGUGGAUGAAGUGGGUACUUUUAAUUUCGUUUUAUUGUUGAUACAAUAAAAUUGUACUUAUUUCACUAUUACGCUGAAGAAACUAUAUUUUAUUCAUAUCAUUAUUCACUACAUUUAUGAAACCAUAGACCCAGUCUGGAUUAAAGCUAAUCCUUGGAUAUUGUGUGAUCCCUCUCGAUCUAAGCAUACCGAAAGAGAAAGCAUGAUGAUUAAGAGAAGAUAAACUAUAACCCAGAUUGGCACUAGUGGAUCUUAAAGAUAUUAUUCAUCGAUCAUAUAAACGCUUAUUCCAGGAGUCUUAAAUAUAUUUUAUAAGUAUUUUAGCUAUCUCUUUCAUACAGAGGAUAGACAAAAGAGAAUCGUAUACAAAAUCGAUACGAAUGAUUAUUAUUAUAAUUAAUUAUUGUUUAGUAAACUAAUUGCCGCUCUGAGAGACGAAUAUUAAUUACUUAACUGUAAUUAAAUGACGAUUUUGACAUAAGCUACAUUAUCUGUCAAACUCUUCAUCAAAUUGAAGUUCACUAAAUGUCUGUGUGUAAGUGUUCCACAUAACAUGUCAAAAUAGUUAGACGACUCCUGGCCUACGCCACUGCCGAAUUCACCGAACGGGGUAAAACCUAGUACCUAACGAUUUCACGAUUGUAUAAACGAUAUUUCAUAAUGCACUCGAUAUCGGUAAGCCGUUUGUUAAAUAAUAGGAAAUUGCGUCACAGCAAGUCCAGUGAAGCCAGUAUACGUUGAGUAAUACGGCGUUAUGAACAAAUGUAAAUAAUGUUUGUGUUAAAAUAAAUAUUCUUUUUU